CGCCGCCGCCAUGUUCCGGAGCCUGCUGGUGGCGGCGGCGCAGCGGCCUCAGGCCCCGGGCGGGUCCCCGCGGCCGCCCCCCGGCCCCGGCCCCGCGGGCGAGGCGCUGGAGGCUCAGUUCAGCUGCCCCAUCUGCCUCGAGGUGUUCCACCGCGCCGUCGGCAUCGCGGGAUGCGGACACACAUUUUGUGGGGAGUGCCUGCAGCCCUGCCUGCAAGUGCCAUCCCCUCUGUGCCCGCUCUGCCGCAUGCCCUUCGAUCCCAAGAAGGUGGAGAAGGCUUCCAGUGUGGAGAAACAGCUUUCGUCCUACAAGGCUCCCUGCAGAGGCUGCAGCAAGAAGGUGACCCUCGCAAAGAUGCGCUCUCACAUCUCAUCCUGCACGAAAGUGCAGGAGCAGAUGGCCAACUGCCCCAAGUUCGUUCCGGUUGUCCCCACAUCCCAGCCUAUUCCCAGCAACAUUCCCAAUCGCUCGACGUUUGUGUGCCCGUACUGUGGGGCCCGGAACCUGGACCAGCAGGAGCUGGUGAAGCACUGCAUGGAGAACCACCGCAACGACCCUAACAAAGUGGUGUGCCCGGUCUGCUCAGCCAUGCCUUGGGGGGACCCCAGCUACAAGAGCGCCAACUUCCUCCAGCACCUCCUUCACAGGCACAAGUUCUCCUAUGACACCUUCGUGGACUACAACAUUGACGAGGAGGCAGCGUUGCAGGCAGCCCUGGCACUGUCACUGUCCGAGAACUGAGGGUGACUGGGGAGCAUCGGACCCCCUUUUGCACACUCAGCCUUCCCACUGGGGAGGCACGGAGCUUAUCAAUCCCCUGGAGACCCGCUGCUGCUGCUCUUCCCUCUCCUCUCUGUGCACAUCCCACCUUGUUUAAGAAGGUGGAGUGUCCUUAUGUCGAGCUGGACCGGUGAGUGAGCAGAGACUUCAUGCAGGGAGGAGAGAGGAGUCGGCACCGGAGGGAUGGGACCGUUCCUCCAUUAGGCAUUUCAUACCCAUAUACAGAGUAUAUACCUGUGUCCAGAUCUAUUUAUUAUUAGAUGCUUUUUGGCACCGUUUGUCUUCAUGCUCUCUGUUGCAAUUGAAUAGGUACGUCAAACCUGGAUGCAUUUAAUGCAGAAAUGCCCUAAUUGGAACCUGCAAUCAUCCAUGUCCUUUGUGGAAAGGAAGAAAACGACACGGAGCAUCCUUUGGGUUUUGAAACUCCACAAGGUUAUUGCCAGAGACAUCGAUCUGUCCCGUCCCCAGUGCUGCUUCCUUUGCUGCCCAGGCCAGGCUGAAUCCCAGGGCAGGACAAUGGGUUCGGAGGAGUCCACAGCAAUGGCAUCCAGUGAAACUCUCACCUUUCCCAUUUUGUACCGGCUCUUGUGAUACUGAGUUCUUGCGUUUUUCUACAUGAAUCAGCGUGAUGCCUUUUCCACGUUUUAUAGAGCGGGAACAGAAGCUGUUAACUCUUCACACUGCAAUAUCCGACACUGAGGACAAGAGUAUUUUUAUGGAACAUUAUUAAGAAAGUCUAUUUUUAAAACAAAGAAUACCCCAAACACACAAACACGCUGUGGGUUUGAAAUCAGGUAGGAGGCAGUAGCCGGACCCCAGACUGAUGUUUGUGCCUGGAUGUCCUCUGGCUGUUUCUGACCCAUUCCCUUCCCUUGUUGGCAUGUUGUGAUACAGGACACGCUGGGUCAGAGCAGCACCUCUUUGGCUGCCUCUUCAGGCUGCCUUUUUGGGGAGCUGCAGCAUCACUUGUGUUCUCCAGCAUCUGCUAACCAUGUACAGGGCUAGUGGUCAGGCUUGGGAUGGCUGAGCCCUUGCAGGCAUUGCUCCGUGGCACUGCUCAGUGUGGUUUUGGUUUGUGAAGGAGCAGGCAGGUUAGUUGUGGGGUGUUGGUAUUCACUAUGGAGCAGCUGGACUGUGUCUGGGUGAUGGGUGUGCAGGAGGGAUGUCUGCCUGUGCAGGAUCCUAUCCCCAGCACUGGGCAUCUUGUCCCCCUGAAAUAGGGGAUUGCAUCUCCCUUCCUUGGGAACAGGGCACACAUGGGCAGAUGUUGAUCCAAGAGAUGCUCCAUAGCAUCCUGGUGACCUGUCCUCUUCCAUGUCCCCUUCCUGUGUGCCCUCACUUCCUGCUGCUGGUGGGGUUUGCUCUGCUGGGCUGGGAGAGGGUGGAAGUGGGAUCUCCACCUGCAGGCCUUGGUUGUGCUGCUGCCAGCCUGAGCAUGCCCCCCUAUGCAGCAGAAAUCGUGUCCCUUAUGAAGGGUCUUCACUGGUGCUUGGGGAGAGAAGCUUUGUGCUGGGGCCCUGCCACCUUUUGGGGUCUCACCAGUGACUGGAUCAGCCCAGGGCUCUCAGUGAAGGACCUGUGAUGCACGGUACCUUCCGGUGAGGGUUUGCAGGGGAGAGGUUUGGGAGAGCAGUCCCUCUGCAUGUCCCUGCUUGGUUUAUCCGAGGCUCCAGCUCUGCCCUAGCAAUACUGUCCUGGUUUUCACCUUUGAUUUGAAUGGUACUGGAUGGUUUGGGGGCUGUGAGUUUCCCAUGCUGCCAGCAGCUCUGUGAGGAGCAUGCAGACUAUGGCAGGGAAAGGGCUGGAGCUGCUCUGCUCCCCUAGCAAGGAGGGAUGGGGUCUUCUCUUACCAGCACUACUGGUACCUGCCCAACCAGGAACGUGGCCCUGGUGGGAUGGGGAGCACUGGUAUCUCCAAAGGGACCCGUGAGGGUCUCCUUGUCCCAUCCCUAGCUGGGACACUCAUAUCCUGAAGCAGCCUCCAUUGGCUCUCACUUGCAGGGAGCUCCCUGUCUCUGGGACAGCACUGUUAACCUCUUGUCUCCUUCCUUCCUUCCUCUUCCUUUCUGCCCCACAGCGCCAGAGCCGGGGUGAAAGAGCUGCUUUUGUAAAGCACUUUAAGGCGCAGGCAGGCACUGCACGGGCAGCUCCUGCCUCUCCCCACGGGGUGCUCUCCGGCCGGGAUGUGCCGGGAAUGCCGCCGUGGUUCGUCCAUGUGUUCCCCGUGACUUUUUGCAUAUCCAGAACUUUUACUGUUUUUUGAUGAAGAAUCAGAUCAAUAAUGUAUUUGUAGCAAACCAUUUUUCUCAAUAAAGGCAGUUUCAUCCA